AUGCUCAUCCUCUCCAGCUGGAGUCCUUCCCCGACAUGGAGAGCCCACGUCAAGCCCACACAUUGGAGUUGGACGAUCCGAGCCAUCAUUCUAUCCGCCGCCAUGAACAUCUUCGUCCUCGUCUGGACUCUAACACACCCGCCCUCGCCACAUCGUGCAUUUUCCCACUUUGACCCCGACCGCGCAGAGGGGGCUGCGGGCGGCGAGAACGUAAUCGCGACGACGUUCUACACCGACGGCUUCGCAUCCGCGGUCGCUGCGCUUGGCGGCUCGCUUGCGCGCGUGAACACGACUGCGCGGCUCGUAAUGCUCUACAUCCCAGAGCAGCCGCUGCCGGUCGAGCGCGUCGCACCGCCCGACGCACGGGACGUGUACUACCACUUCGUCGACCAGUACACCAAGCUGCGCCUGUGGGAGCUCGACGCGCGCCUCGGCGCCCGCGCCGUCGUCUACCUCGACGCGGACACGCUCGCGUUCCGCAACUUCGACGAGCUCUUCGCGCUCCCGUUCGAGCUCGCGGCGACCCCGGACGUCUUCACCACCGCCGCCGGCUUCUCGCUCCGCUUCAACGCCGGCGUGCUCUUCCUCCGGCCGUCGUCGGAGCGCUUCCGGCAGUUCAUGCGCCUCGCCGCCGUCACGGACUACCCCCGGCACGAGGCGGAGCAGGGCCUGCUCAACGCGCUCUACGAGGAGAGCGUCGCGCGGCUGCCGUACGCGUACAAUGCGAACCUCGCGAUCAAGGCGCGCGCGCCGGCGAUGUGGGCGGGCAUGCGCGACGAGGUCCGCGUCGUACACUACACGCUCGUCAAGCCGUUCACCGUCGACAACAAGCGGUACUCGCUCGUCCCGAUGGCCCAGCUCGAGGCGAACGCGCGCCGGCGCGGACGGGAGGAUUCGGCGGGCUGGGCGGAGACGUAUCGCGCGUACGGGCACAAGCUGGAUGCGUGCAUGCACUUGUCGGACAUUCCGGCGAUCACAGUGCGCCGUUACCUGGGGCGAGGCAUCCGUGAGGCGGACGUUUACAGCAUGCUGGCUUCAUGA